CUUCGGCACAAAACUCUCUGAUUAUGAUUCGUACCAUGUGACUUCUUCUGAUUAUUUUUUGCUUUUAAUCGGAUGGGAAGAUAAUAUUUCUGCUAUUAGAUUGCCAUGGCUGAGGCAGGAGAGACAGCGUCUGCCCCCUUUGAAGGCCCAGAAAAGCUUCUGGAGAUCUGGUUCGCUCCCUCUGCUGCUGCAGUCCCAGAUGCCAAUUCGCCCGAGGAUAGUAGGACUGGUCUCCGCAAAGUUCCUCAAGUGAUCUGGAAGGAGAUGCUGGCCAUCGUAAAAUGCGAAGUGCUCAGUGUUGUCUCUGGGACAGAGAUAGACGCUUAUCUUCUCAGUGAAUCGUCAUUAUUUGUUUCCCCCCAUAGAGUUAUUCUCAAAACCUGUGGGACUACAUUAAAUCUCCUGGGACUUCCACGAAUUCUAGACAUCGCCGCUAAUUAUGCCAAUAUGUCUUCAGUGUAUCAAUGCUUCUACUCCCGCAAAUCAUUCAUGUUCCCCGAGCGCCAAUUAGGUCCUCACCGCGAUUGGCAGCAGGAAGUCCAGUUUUUAGAUAAUAUAUUCCCCAAUGGUGCCGCCUACAACGUAGGCAAGGUCAACGGUGAUCAUUGGCUGCUUUACAUGAAAACACCCAGCGACGAUUCUGGCGCUUUCCGAUCCUCGCCUCAUUUGGAGUCUCCCGUUAUAGGAAAUGCUUUCCCCGAUUAUACGAUCGAGAUACUGAUGAGCGAUCUCUCUCCUGCGGCUCGUGAACCAUUCUUCUCAACAUUCUCUUCACCGGAGACGCCAUCAUCUCAUGCCCUAUCACUAUCGAGAUCUUUUGGCAUCACUGACAUUUUUCCUCCACACCUGACCACCUUGGACGCAUAUUCAUUCUCUCCCUGCGGCUACUCUUCUAAUGCUUUAAUUAAAUGGGGUGAAGAUCCUUUCUUCUUCUCUUCUCCUGAUAUGGCGGACGGAACGUCUACUGUUGGAGAAGGUUAUUACACUAUACACGUUACACCAGAGGAAGGAUGGUCCUAUGCCAGUUUUGAAUGUAACGUUCCGUUGCACCCAAAUCGUCCAUCAUCUGCACCCGACGCUAAUACUAUUCCUGACCUCAAAACGCUCGUCCAACGCGUCGUCUCGAUCUUCCAACCUGGUCGUCUAUCCCUCACACUAUUUAUCUCAAGCGAAGACAACGAAUCAGAUGAAACUGGUGAAAGCCCUGUGGAGGCAGCACAGCGGGCUUUCCGAGCCGCUUUGUGUGCGUCAGUGAUGGAAGAGAAGAUCCCUAGUCAGACGAACGGAACGAACGGGGAAAUCUCGGACGACAACGCUCCUUCUCAAAAAGUGGGCAAGAGGUACCGAAGAACUGAUAAGAUCAAUUAUGAAUUUGGUGCCUACGAUCUUGCCUUUGCGAGCUUCGAAUUGUCUGAUCACAAAUGACAAUUACAAUUCUUGUUUGAAUCCUCGGGAUAUGUGUUUCUGUGCUUAGUGCCAUGUGUGAACAAACUAUAUAUACCAGU